AUGCGGGAACGUGCGGUGCGGGCGACGCCGCGCGCGGGGCCGUCGACGUCGACGCGGCGGCUGAAAUCGUCGACGCCGUCACGCGCGUCCAUCGUGCGACGCGCGCGAGGGAAAGGCGACAAGGACGAUGCGUCGACGCCGACGUCCUCGACGCCCGACCCAGAAGAGUUGAAACUGGCGUUGGCGCGCGCGAGGACGCGCUUGGAGCGGUCGCGAAAGGGUCUGCCGGCGUUGGUCGAAGAGAACGAGAGCGAGGGUUUCACGUCCGAUGAAGUCGUCGAGGAGUCGUCGACGGCGGAAAACGGCGACUUGCGAAGAAUCGUGUCGGACUGGUUUGGCGCGGUCGGAGGCGUCUUUGACUCGCUGAACUCCGACGACGAGGCGAUGGACGCGAGAGACGAGAAUCCCGCCAUCGCGGCGCAAGAUGAUGCGUCGUCGUCGCGUGAUGACGACGAAGACUCUUCGGCGCCCGUCGAGGCGGGCGGAUGGUUUCGAUGGAAGAGUCCAUGGCGGGUGAGUGGAGUGGGCGAGUCCAUCGCUACGGCGACGUCGUCGUGGAUGCCGAACAAGAGUGUAGACGGUGAUGGAAGCUUCGUAGUGAACACCGACGCAAUCGGAGUCUCAACAGCGAGCGAUGGAGCGUCAUCGUCUUCAAGCGAUCGAGGAGUCGAGCCGACGAACUUGCUCGAGCGCGUGCCGUUGCCGCCGUGGAUUCGGCAACGCGUGGACGGUUCGAGUGAUGGUGAUUCAUCCUCAGACGACGAGGAAGAUGAUGAAAUGGCGUACGACACGACGAUUUCGAACGAGAACGUCGGUAGUGCGAUUCGUGAUGCGAGCGAGACGGCGGUGAGCGUGACGACAGCGGCGGUGGAAAAGUUGAAUUCUGCGCUUCUCGGUAUUGAAACCGUGGAGAAGAGCGCGGUGAAGGAUGGAAGGUUUGAAAACAACGCUUCUGCACUCAAAGCGUUGCAAGAGUCGCUACGAGAUGCACGUGCUUCUGCAAAAGAAGCGCGCGAGGCGAGCCAAAGUCUCGAAGAAGCCGUGCGCGAAGUGAGUCGCGCGCAAGAAGCGCUUCGAGCAGAGGGCGAUUUGAAAAAAGAAGAAGCGAUCAAGGCUCUUGAGGCUGCCAAGGCGGCUGUCAUCCGACAAGCGACGAGCUCGAACGCGGCCGUCGCAGAUGCGCUCCGGCAGGUGUCAUACGUCGCCACUCGAGUCGAGAAACUGGGCUCAUGGACGCUCGAAGACGACGGCGAGGCGUCGUCACGCGCACUCGACACUAGCAAGGCGCAAAAACGCGGGGUUCGUCGAGGCCUGAUGGGCGCGAUCGCUAGCGCGCGUGAGAGUGCUCAAGACGCGCUCGUAGCGUCAGAACUCACGCAGACGGUCUCAAGGCUGGCUUCAUUGGCCACGCAGCGCGGAGACGGCAAAUCGAAGAAGUCGGAAGAGCUGAGCGAAAUGGUCAAGCCCGCGCUGCAACGAGUCGUCGCGAACUCGCUCGUACCUGUCGAGAGCGACAUUGAGAUUGGCAGUGCGAGAUUGGCGUGUUCGCUCGCGGCUUGGGUGUACUACUUACCGCAAAUGCAACACGCGUUGCCUCGCAACGGUUUGAAGUUGAUCACGUCAUCGUUGGACGUCGAAGAAAUCAUUCCGUCCACUGAAUUUCGCGCGGGCAAAUCGCUCUUGGAGGAAUCUGCGUGGCGUGCUGAACAGGCGGUUGAGGAAGCCGUAGUCGCGGCUCGAGUGGCUGCGAGUAAAGACGCCAAGCUGGAAAUCGCCGCAUCGAAAGCUGCAGCCGAGUCUGCCGAGCUCGCGGCGCAGGCUCUGAAGCUCGCGGCUGAAUUACGCUCUCAGGACGCCCAGGACGAAUCGACUAGACUCAAAGCCAGAAAGACGGCGCGAGCGGCGAAAGCGCUCGCCGUCGAGGCGCAGAAGAAGUUGGACGAAGCGAGUGCGAUUGCCGAACGGAACAAGCGCAAGUUGAAAAAGUGGGCCAUGCAGCGCGAGCUCGCGGAUCUUCAGUCGCAAAUGCAACAAACGGUGAUCGAACAACAGCGGAAAGUCGAAGCCGAGCGCGUGAGACAAGAGCGAGCAGAAAAUGCAUCCCUCCCUGUGAACUUUUGCGUCGCCGCACAAGACGACACCGCGACGCUGUGGGUCGUCGUCGAGGGCUCUACGAACUUUGCGAGCUGGCAAGCAAACUUGACCUUUCAACCCGUGACGUUUGAAGAUCCCGCUCUCGGUGUGGAAGUUCAUAGAGGCGCUUACACGGCGGCGAAGACGAUGUACCGUCGAAUCGAGAAAGCAGUCAAAGAGCACGUCGCAAAGCACGGCGCGCGAGCGCGAGUGCGAAUCACCGGACAUUCGAUCGGUGGAUCGAUCGCGAUGAUCAUCGCGAUGAUGCUCCUCGUGCGAAACGGCGCACCUCGCUACGCCAUAGCCGACGUCUGGGCGUUCGGCGCGCCGUACGUCAUGACUGGCGGCGAAGCGCUCAUGACUCGACUCGGAUUACCUCGUUCGUUUAUUCGAAUGAUCAUGAUGGGCGACGAUGUCGUGCCGCGCUCAUUCUCGUGCUAUUAUCCGCAGUGGGCGCGCCGAGUGUUAGACAACGCGCCUGGGCCGUUCAACGUCAACACUUCUACGGCGAAUUUUUUGGACGAGCAGAUGUUUUAUACGCCGAUGGGUGACUUGUACGUGCUGCAGGCGAACAACGGUUCUGAACACCCGCUUCUGCCGCCGGGACCCGGUCUUUACAUCCUCGACGGCGACGGCGUGUACGAGAUGCUAGCGACGCGCGCGCGAUUGGGCGAAAACGAAGACGGCGAUGAUGAGUCGUGGUUGAAUCGUCGCCCUUCGAGCAAGCAUUGGGACGAGGCGGCGGCGUACGACGUGGACGGAGACUUCUCUUCGUCCGAGGAUGAGAAAGCGAACAAACUUCGAAUGCAUCAGCUCGCGUGUUUGACGCAAUCAGACGCCGCCCUCACGGCUUCGCUCAUCAUCAGUCACAUCAAGCAAGACGAAUUGCUCCCGAGCGAAGGCGGCAUUGCGGAGGUGUUGAAUCAGCGAGGGCGAGACGCCGCACAAAGAGUGUUGUUCAAUAGCCCGCAUCCUCUGAGUAUUCUCAGCAAACCCGACGCGUACGGCGACGCGGGCAUCAUAAGUCGCCAUCACAAUCCGUUUCAAUACGCGAAGAGUCUUUCUCUGUCGCGAAAACGGAAGCCUGGCGUCGCCGAUCUGAUUUCUAGCCUACCGAAAAAAAGCAUCGACGGCGCGCCAGCGAGUGGCGGUCCGAGAUGA